AUGCCUAUCGAUCCCUAUAUGAAAAAUCCUCACAAAAGUGAGGGUUGUUGUCAGGAAAUUACAAGACUUAGAGGAUGGGGUUACCCUGAUAUUUUUCGUGUUAAAGGCUCUGUGCUUCCAAGCUGUUUUCCGAUCAUAUUCUUUUCGACAGUUAUCGCCACAAUUGUGGCCGCUCUUUACGAAGUUUUGGAUAUAGAUGUGACUUUACCGGGCAGCAUAAUUGGUUCUGUUUCCGUGGUGGUUGGUCUUUUGUUGGCUUUUCGUACAAAUAAUGCGUACGAUCGUUAUUACGAGGGACGAAAAUUAUUUACUAAUAUGUGCACACAUAUUAGAAAUGCUACCCGUAUACUUUGGGUUGGUGUAGUAGAAAGAAACGAUAAUGGUCAUGAUCAUAAAGAAAAAGUAAAAAACAUAAAAUUAUUAUUGGCGUUUGCAGUUGCUACUAAGCAUCAUCUUCGAUUGGAAUUUGGCACAGAAUGGUUUGAUUUACAAGAUCUUCUCCCCGAAGGAUUCCAAUUUACAUUUUUUGAUGGAAACGCUGGGCAAGAAAAUACUGAUGUUGCAGAAGGUGAUCCCGAAAAUCCAAACAGACCAGAAAAUGCAAACAGCUCUGAAAAUGCAAACAGCUCUGUCUCAACUCUUAAUCGUUCACAUCGUUCGCUUCUAACCAGAAUUCCACCAACCGUCUAUGCUAGUCUUCGUAAUUCAAUUUCUGCCAGCGAGAGCACUUUGUGGUUUGGUGAUGAUUGGGGCGAAGAUGUCGAUGCAAGCAUGAGUCUUCCACUUGAAAUCAUUUUCCAUAUAAAUUUAUAUAUUGAUGCCAAAAUACAAGAAGGAACAAUAGAUGGUAAUCGCUUUGGAACUGUUUCUGGAAGCUUAAAUUCCUUGGUUGAUAUUUUAGGAAGUUUGGAAAGAAUUAGCAAUACACCAAUUCCUUUUGCAUACAACGUUCAUCUUAAACAGGCUGUAACUAUAUAUGUGUGGGUUCUUCCAUUUACAAUGGUCAGUGCUCUCGGAUGGUUAGUAAUUCCAGUGGUUAUGGUUAUCGCCUUUAUACUUUUCGGUGUUGAAACAAUUGGAGCUGAAAUUGAGAAUCCAUUCGGUUAUGAUAAGAAUGAUUUACCAUUGGACGAGUAUUGCAAGGACUUGGAAGCUGAAGUCAAAUAUUUGCAAAGACAUCUUCCAUCUAAAAAACUUCAGACUCUACAGUUAACAACAUAA